AUGCAGGUUUUCAUCUUGAGCGCAAAGCACAAAGAGUUCGCUAUUGGUUUAGAUGAUGGUGAGGCCGAGCAUGGCAAGAAGGCCGAGCUUAAGGAAGUUGCCGAUAAGCCAACACUUAAGUGGCUCAUGUACGAUCGUAAAAUUCACACAUUCCCAAAGAGAACAUUAGCUCUCGAGCCAAAGGAAGAUGAUGGCAAGGUAAAGCUUGUUCUCCAAGAUUCUGAUAAGAUCGAAAACAAGUUCUACGUUUAUCCAGAUGGAUCAAUCCGUAACAAAGCUGGUCAGGCUAUUGAUAUUGAGGAUUCCAAGUUCGAACCAGGCGCUGACAUUGUCCUUAAGCCAUACGAAGCUGGUAAGGAAUCACAGCAAUGGCUUCUUGUCACACGUCUCCAGUAA